AUGUUUCCUACUGAGGGCGUGAUCGCGCAAGCAUUUUCCUCUCAACAUCCACUGGGACAAUCCAGCUCGCAGCCUCAGCCGUCGGCAGCGCCGGAAAUGCAGAAGCGAGAGCCAUUUCCUGCCUGGAGCGUGGUUGAAGAUACCAAGAAAAAGGCAGAUGCGCUGGCUAAGGAAGCGACUCGGGAGCUCGACCUUGCAAGCCAGAAGGCUCAAGCCAAGACAGGCAAGAUUGAACCAUGGACUCCCAAAUACUAUGCGGCUUGCACUGUCGGUGGACUGCUUGCCUGCGGUCUGACCCACACCGCUGUGACCCCUCUAGACUUGAUCAAGUGUCGCCGUCAGGUCGAUCCUCUCCUAUACAAGAGCAAUCUAGAGGCAUUCCGCACAAUCCGUGGGGCUGAAAAGGAUUGCGAGGAGUAUUUACUGGCUGGGGACCAACCUUCUUUGGCCCAAGGUGCAUUCAAGUACGGCGGCUAUGAGUACUUCAAGAAGUUCUACAGUGACCUUGUGGGCGUGGAAAAUGCGACCCGAUGGAAGACAUCUUUGUACCUGGCGGCCAGUGCGUCUGCAGAGCUUAUCGCCGACGUAGCCCUCUGUCCUUUUGAGGCCGUCAAAGUACGUAUGCAGACAACCAUUCCUCCGGACAUCCGGUCGACCUUCACCGGCAUCUCCAACGUCGUCUCCAAAGAGGGCGUGGCGGGUCUAUACAAGGGUCUCUACCCAUUGUGGGGGCGUCAGAUUCCGUACACCAUGAUGAAGUUCGCGUCCUUUGAGACCAUUGUUGAGAUGAUCUACAAUUACCUCCCCGGCCAGAAGUCCGAUUACAACAAGGGUGCCCAGACUACCGUGGCCUUCACUGGUGGUUAUCUGGCUGGUAUCCUUUGCGCAGUUGUGUCGCACCCCGCCGAUGUGAUGGUCAGUAAGCUGAAUGCCAACCGUCAACCUGGCGAAGCCUUCGGCGCAGCGAUGAGUCGAAUCUAUAAGGACAUUGGAUUUCGCGGCCUGUGGAAUGGUCUUCCCGUCCGUAUUGUCAUGAUCGGCACCUUGACCGGACUUCAAUGGAUGAUUUACGAUUCGUUCAAGAUCUUCAUGGGUCUGCCGACGACCGGCGGAGGCCCAGCUGCGGAGAAGAAGUAG